CAUCAACCGCUGAAGAUCACGGCCAAGGAGCGCCCAGGCAGUCCCGUUUCCGGAACUUAUAUAACAACCUUCUUUCGAGGGUGUAUGCUUUAGUUCAGUGCCAACCUCAGUACGGUCAAGAUCGUGCAGUUGCCCUCAGUGAUAGUUCCCAAGCGGAGUGUGUGAGAGAAGUGCCUCCGAAGCAGACAGGAACUUUCUUCCUGCAUUCCGGCGAUCCGUCGUUGUCCUUGCCGCAUCUGUCCAAUCGACGCAUCCCGUGAAUUCGAGCUGCAGUUUUGGGGAACAAGCUUCUAGGAAGUGAUUAUUUAAAAAAAAAUCUAGUAGUGCCCCAUUCUACUGAUUUGUGGAAUCUGUGCUGUAAAGGGAGAGGAAAAGAAAAACCACCAAAUAGUUAUUCGAGAAAAGUGCUUCAAGCCUCGAGUGGGAUAACAAGAAGCUACCAUUGAAGUUCAAGAGUGAAAACAUACUGUUAGUGUGAUCUCUUAUGAAAGCCAACAACUUGAUACAAGUGAGUGAUUGAAAAGGCCAUUGAAAGAGCUUUGAAACCUUCAGUAAAAGGUUUUCGUGAAACAAUAUCGAAGAAUACUUCUAUUGCCUGGCAAGAGUAACGACAACUCGAGAAAUAAAUCAACAUCCCUGCUGCACGAGAGAAGACCCAGAAUCUUCAGUCAACUUUUGAGAAAAAGAGUUGCAUCGAACGCCCAACAGAACCCAACAAAAAGAUUUAUCACCAGCUCAUCGAUUCCGCCCUAGAAACUUCUUGCCCCGCAGCGCGAGAAGACCACGACCAGAUCGAUCGAUCCAGAAUAAACAAACAACAAUCAGAUAAGAACCGAUAGGAGCCGCCAUCAUGUUGCCCAGAUCGUUACACUCGGCCCUGCUAGCUUGUCUGCUACUAGCGUCGGCACUCAGCAUAGAGGGCGCCAAACGGCGAUCCCGGCUCGAUCUGCCCAUCUCGAAACCGGCCGAUGCCCCGCUGGAGGAUAACAUUGCGACCGCAUCCGGAGUCGAAUCGGCAGCCGUCGUCGUGGAACGUGGCGAACCACUGCAAUCGACCGGAAGUCCACCGGCCUCGACGGAAGCUGACGGCGUGUCCAGCAGCAGCGGCAGCGCCGAAAACAGCUCCCAGAUGAUCGACGAGUACACUGACGAGGAUUGCGAUCCGGACUUUGUCGCGUUCGAACUGGUGACCGGCUACGUCUUCUCGGCACCGAACAAACUGCUGGACUCGAUCCCCGGAACGCUGAUGCUGACCGACUGUCUCGAGGCCUGCCAGAGCAACGAUUCCUGCUCCUCGGUCAACUACGAAACGGGGCUCUGCGUGCUGUUCUCGUCCAACUCCGACAAGCUGCCAGGUGCCCUCACCAAAUCCCAGUUCCCAGUGUUCACCAUCUACGCCCAGAAGAGCUGCCUGAAGCUGCGUCCGUGCGAGCGGGCCUGGUGCAUCGACCGCGUCCAGGGCUACAAACUGCAGGGCCACGUCAAGCGUACCGCUUCCGUCAUCAACCGUCGAGACUGCCUGGAGAUGUGCCUCGGAGAGAACGAAUUUACUUGCCGCUCUGCCAAUUUCUACCAAUCGACCAUGACUUGCGAGCUCUCAGAUAUGGACCGUAUCACUUUGGCUGGAUCCAGCGCAUUCCAGGCCGCUGACGAGGCUGACUACUUGGAAAACAAUUGCGCCGAAGAGCCAACCAAGCUUUGCGAGUUCAAGCGUAUGUCCGGACGUAUCCUGAAGACUGUAGACUCCGUGUACCAAGAUGUUGCCAGCGUCGAUGAAUGCCGUGAGCUGUGCUUGAGCUCCCCAUACCGUUGCCACUCGUACGAUUACGGAGAUACCGGAGACAUGGUCUGCCGUCUUUCUCACCACAGCCGUGCCACUCUUGCCGAUAUCCAGGAUCCCUACCUAGACGUGCCAGAAGCUGCCACCUACGAACUUUCCUCGUGCUACAACGUUUCGAUUGAAUGCCGUGCAGGAGAUAUGAUUGCCAAGAUUCGCACCUCUAAACUGUUUGACGGAAAAGUUUAUGCUAAGGGUGCCCCCAACUCAUGCUCGGUGGAUGUUAAGAACUCGCUGGAAUUCGAACUUCGUAUGGGCUACCAAGAUAUUGACUGCAACGUUCGUCAAAAUGGCCUGGGACGAUACCUCAACGACGUCGUCAUCCAACACCACGAUACCAUUGUUACCUCAUCGGAUUUGGGACUUGCCGUCACUUGCCAGUAUGACCUUACCAAUAAGACUGUGUCCAACGAUGUUGAUCUAGAUGUUACCGGAGACAUUGAACCAGCUCUAUCGGAAGAAGUGGUUGUUGAUUCGCCAACCGUUGUCAUGAAGAUUACCUCGCGUGACGGCUCUGAUAUGAUGCGUACUGCUGAAGUCGGAGAUCCCCUGGCUCUGCGAUUCGAAAUUCUCGAUGCCCAAUCUCCCUACGAAAUCUUUGUUCGCGAACUGGUUGCCAUGGAUGGAGUCGACAGCAGCGAAAUCACCCUCAUCGAUGCCCGAGGUUGCCCAACCGAUCAAUUCAUCAUGGGUCCAAUUUACAAGAGCGCAACUUCAGGCAAGGUAUUGCUCUCCCACUUCGAUGCCUUCAAGUUCCCGUCCUCAGAAAUGGUACAGUUCCGUGCCCUGGUCACUCCUUGCAUGCCUACCUGUGCACCGGUUCAGUGCGACCAAGAUGACUUUGCCGCCGGAGAACUACGAUCGAUUGUAUCAUACGGACGCAAACGUCGUUCCAUCAACGCCACCGAAGAGUUCACUCGAGUGCGCCGCGAGACAACCCACCAAGCUCCGGUCGAUGACAUGCUCCUGGUUGAAUCCAUCAAAAUCACCGACAAAUUUGGCUUCGAGAAGCAACAACAAUCCAAACCAAAGGUCAGCAGCAGUGAAACUGUAUUCGUUGCCUCCUCUGACACUCAAGGAAUCUGCGUUAACGGUCUUGGUCUCAUCGUUGCAGCUGCCAUCUUCCUGCUCGGACAACUUGCGGUUAUCGCCAUCUGGACCUUCCUGUGGCAGCGACGCAGGAAGCAGCGCCAGUUCGAGAAUGCAUCCAUGGGUUCAUCGGUCAUGCCUAGCCCAACUCUGGCUACCAGCCGAGGGGACUCCAUGUGCAAACUGUACGACAGCGGAUAUGCCGGAAGGCACUUCUAAACUGUCGUAGAUCCUUUCCCCGUAUAUCAAUCCAUAUACCACACACAAGGCUGAUCUUCUACUAUUUCUCCCGCUCUUCUCGACUCGCUUCUUACUGUAACCGUUUCAGAUUGUAUACAAAAUCAAAGUAGAAGAAAAUCUUUACUACUCCUCGAAUUGGAUCAAGCGCAUACAACCGUUUUAGGAUAAGGAUCGUAUGUUUCUCUACUGCAAAGUCUCCUCUGAAGAUCAAUGUAAGAGAAAACCUAGCAACAGAUCUGCCAUUUAAUGGUCUAAUUUAACAGUAUUCGUUUUCCAUUCCAAAAAAAAAAUUUGAUUUUGUCAAAAAAUGAGUAGUACCUUUAAUGUACUCGCGCGCCUUCUUUUGUCCUGGUCCUUCGAAGUUACAACAAAAAAAACCUAAACAAAAACCAGUUUGACGAAUUGUCGAAUUCGUAACUUAUUGAUAUACAUUACAACAUCAAGCUAAUCCUUAUGUUUUACAUUCCCAAAACAUCAAGGGAGAAAAGGACGACUGGGGUAUAGAACCAUUAAAAUUAAACAUAUUAAUUCGAGGGAGCGUGUGCCUGUUAGCUGCGAGAGUGCGAAUUUGAAAACCGAUAUAGUAUUCUUACAAAAUGAGUUCGCGCAGAGCAGUGUGAGUGAAACAUCUUUGAGCGUGUAUGUGUAUGCCUGAAACUUAGUCUUAGCUAAUAUUUUUUCUUCUCGAUAACGUAAUGCCUUAAAAAAUGUAGCCCUUUGAAAGAGAAAUUUAUACUCCUUUGUCCUUUUCUCUCGAAACCUGAGCUUAGGAAUGCUUAGACUUCUCUUCUCCCUCUGAACGGAUAGCCCAAUAUUCCGAAGGAUUCCUCGGAAGCUAAGCCUAAGCUCAAUUUUAAGCAUUUAUCAUAAUUUAUUUUUUAUUCAUUAACCCCUUUACUUUUAGUAGCUUCCAAUUACAGACGUAAAACAAAAUAUUACAGUUCCAAUUUUUCGCUCUCCCGUGUAAUUUAGUUUGGAGCCAGAAUUAAAUCCCCUAUAUUAGUUACAAUUCCAAUUGCAAUAAACAAAUCUUCAAUUAUAAUAAACACAGAAACUAACCGACCGUACUUGUAGAUUGUAGAGUAUAAAGUAACAUCCACACGCAAACAUAUAUUUCGCUCAUAGCCGCAAACUUUAAUAAUUUCCUAGCGCUAUUUAUCUGUAGUUUUUCGAGAUUAUCGACGAACCACACAACUAACCGACCACCAUUCAUCAUUCAAUCAUCAUUCAAUAAACCAACAAAAAUCAAGCAUUAAUCGUGACUGUUACUGAAUAAAAAAAACGCAAAAAGACGAAAAACAAACUGCAAAACACCGAACAAAAGUCAAAAAUUAAUAUUUAAUGUAAACGCAAGUAAAUAAUUGAACGUUGCGGCGUGGAAGCACCGCAGAGAUGCAAAACGAAAUGCUUAGUGAAAGAGGAAAUAAAAAAAAUAAUUUAAAUCUAAUCUUAAGGUCAGCACAAACAGCAGCAGCAGUAAAUCGUAGCAAAAAAUGAAGAAUAAAAAAAGAGUAACACGUGACCGCCAUGGCAAAUAGAAAUCUGGCCACGCGGGCACGUUCGAGAGAUAUCGAUACAAAAAAAACGAAAAUAUAAUAAUACAUAAAAUACAUAUGCAUAUGUUUUCUAUGUAUUGGAGAAACAAUAUAAUGUAAAACAUUAUUUUUUAUGAAUAAAAUAAAAAUUUCGAAAAUAA